GUAACUUGGUUUAAAGCAGAUACAAUGGUGAAACUAAUUCACACCUUAGCUGAUCACAGUGAUGAUGUCAACUACUGUGCCCUCUCCUCUUCCUGCUUGGCUACUUGCUCCCUGGACAAAACAAUUCGCCUCUAUUCUUUAAACAACUUUACUGAACUUCCCUACUCACCAUUAAAAGGUCACACUUAUGCUGUCCACUGCUGCUGCUUUUCUCCUUCUGGACAUAUUUUAGCUUCAUGUUCGACAGAUGGUACCACGAUGCUAUGGAAUACUCAUAAUGGUCAGACGCUGGCAGUGCUGAAGCAGCCUCGUGGCAGCCCUGUAAGAGUCUGCCGAUUUUCCCCUGACUCUGCUUACCUAGUUUCUGGUGCAGCUGAUGGUAGCAUUGUUCUUUGGAAUGUGCAGUCAUUGAAAUUGUACAGAUCUGGGAGUGUUAAGGAUGGUUCCUUGGUGGCAUGUGCGUUUUCUCCUAAUGGAUAUCUCUUUGUCACUGGAUCAUCAUGUGGAGAUUUAACCAUUUGGGAUGAUAAAAUGAGGUGCUUGUAUAAUGAAAAAGGACAUGAUCUUGGUGUCACCUGCUGUGAUUUUUCUUCACAGGCAGUUUCUGAUGGAGAGCAAGGAUCCAGAUGUUUCCGAAUGGCAUCUUGUGGUCAGGAUAACCAGAUCAAGCUUUGGCUUAUUUCACUGGCUGAUUCCUUAGGUUGUGAAUUAAAAUAUGAAUGCACAUUGAAUGGACAUUCUGCCCCAGUCCUGGCUUGUGCUUUUUCCUGUGAUGGGCAGAUGUUAGUUUCAGGAUCUGUGGACAAAUCCAUCAUAAUACAUGACACUAAAACUGGGAGCAUCUUGCACACUUUAACUCAGCAUACCAGAUAUGUUACAACUUGUGCCUUUGCACCAGAUAUUCCAUUACUUGCAACAGGUUCAAUGGAUAAAACUGUGAAUAUCUGGCAAUUUGAUCCAAAGCAACAUUGUGCAGGAAGUGGACUGGAAGAUGAACCUAAGAUGUCUAUUGAGAACUGGUCAGAGGAAGAGGUCUCAGUCUGGCUUUGUGCACAAGGUUUAAAAGACCUUGUUGGGAUUUUCAAGAUGAAUAACAUUGACGGCAAAGAGCUGCUGAGUCUUACAAAACACAGUUUGACUAACGACUUAAAAAUUGCUCUUCUUCGAAGGGGGAGGUGAAAGGUCUUCAGGGUACCCACAAGGAGGAAUGUCCAAGGGGUUUUUUGCAUUUGGGAAAAGUUAGGAGCUAUAUUGCAGAAGUCUGCCCAGAGGAAGUACUCGUCUAUCAGGGCUGGCCUGUGGAUGUCUGGCAUGCCCAGUCAGCUGCUGACUUGUGAUUGGGGACAAUUGCAGGGCAAGCAAGGUCAGAAAGCCAGGAAGUCAGGGUUGGGCACUACCAUGUCAGAGUCGAACCAGGUCAGGAUACCAGGAAGUCAGGGCUGGGUGCCAGGUAACAAUCCAAUAGUGAAGUGAAGGACAGGUCAGGGUCAGAGUCCGGAUUCUAGGAUCUGUCGCAAACAGGGUCUGGAGCACAAGUAAGUAGGCAGGCAGUCUUGUUGCUCACCAUCAUGGCUUCCUAAUUUAUAUACUGGUAUUGGCCAGUCAGUGAGCUGGAAGUGGCCUCUGCUUAGGCCCUAUUGGUGGUACUUCCUGCUGAGCCUAGCUUUGCAGGGUCCUCUUAUGCACACCUACCUCUAAUGGCAAUGCAGAGUCAUCAGUGGUCCAGAACCCCAAUGGGUUCAGAUUCUAGCCCUACAAGUUCUUACAUACAUAUACUAAUUGUGAGAGGCCUCAGGGUACAAUUUGGACUGUUGAAUCAUUGUGCCCCCUUAACUCUCCAGUCUGGUGUGUCCUAUAUCCUGCUUUGCAGUGUGAGCUGCCACUUGGCCCACUCACCCCCAUCUCUAGCGUGCAAGUCACCCCCAGACAACUACUAGAGUGCUAUGCUCAGCCACUCUUGAAUUACACAUAAGGCGAUACCUGCAUAUCCCUCAGCCCCAGCUUUGCACGGCACCCCAGAAAUGUGUGUCUUACACUGCUCAAGACCUCGUUGAUCAGAGUAAACUCAUUAGUUUGUCAUUCCAUCAAAGGGUAUGAAUCUGCACCAGCCCUUGUAACCGGAAUAGAUUCCCCAAACUUAGGUCAAAAACACACUGGCUUAGAGAAAACAUAAAAUAAGUAUAUUAACACAGAAAAAUAGAUUUUAAGUGAUAAGUGGUAUAGAAUUGGUUACAAAGGAAAUAAAAAGUAAAAUCACAGUCUAAUUCCUAAACUUUAUCAAGCUAAGUCAAGUUUGAAGUAACAAGGUUUCUCUUACCCAAUUGCCUACAGCAGUCUGUGCUAACUGGAAAGCUUUUCCAGUUAGGACCAUUCCCCCCAGUCCAAAUGUUUCUUUGUCUUCCAGAUGAUCUUGUUGCGUUCAGAAUAGGUAGGGAAGGAGAGGUGGUCUGGGGCCUUUUCCUUUUUACUGGAAAAGUCCUUGCUGCAUCAUGGGGUCAGGCAGCUCCAUGGUUUACAUGCUCGAACAACUGUCUUUCAUCUGAAUUAUAAAGUUCUUGUUCACAGUUCCUCCCCUGCUAGUGAACGGCCGUUGAUGGUUGCUUUACACCUGACUGGGUGUUGGUCACUCUUUUGCUACCACUGAAGAGCCCGUCUGUGGACAUUGCCCAGACUCAUGUUUCAGUAGCAAACAUACAACAAAAUUUCAUGACUUCAUAUACCAUGAUGAUACACAGAUUUUAACAGGACAGUGAUGUUCAAAAGACCAUAACUUUUCCAAUGAUGCCUCACAAGGCAUGCUUUGUACAAACAGAUCAUAACCAUAUAAAAGUGGUGAGUAUGGGGGUACAGGGUAUUAUUUUGAGGUACACUGUGUCACACUAAUAGACAAGGUCACAACAAAUAUUUUACAGUGAGGUACUACUAUAUGUCAGAUCACAGGAGGCAUUAUUGCAUGAACUGCCUCAUUGGGAUCUAGAAGUCAGUAGUUAGCUCUUGAAAUUCUGAGAGUAGGUAUCCAUAAAAGACCAUUGUCCCAAGGAAGACCAUUUCUGAAAAGCAAAUGAUAAAAUCAGUUUCUGUAUUAAUUUUAUUAAAUGUUGGAGAUGGCCUAAAACUGUGCUGUGGUGCUCAUCAGCUGAGACUAAUCAGAUAACGCUGACUAUAGGUUAUGUGAAAAUUGAAAGCUGUGGGACUGAUGAUAGGAGGACUGACCCACUGUACAGAUCACACUCAGUACUAAGAUGACGCCAUUGAGAACUAAUUACAAACUACAAAUAAGAAAAUGAAAUCUGAUUUGGCAGAACCUGUGAUAAGGAUUGAUUAUAGGAUGCAGAGAAAAAACAAUGUAUUGAUUUUAAAUAUUUGAGUUAGAAUAAUCAGGAAUUGACU